UACCAGUACUUCACCUGAUGAUAAUAAUCUCGCUUCAAGCGGUAGAGAAUUUGGCAGCCCAAUUGCAAGCUCAUCUAAUUUGCGCGAAGAUGGUUUUCGCUGUGGCGACAUUUGCGUCUGUCUGGUGCGCGCCUUUAAUAUUCCCUCGUCAGGUUCGUAAACACAAAAGUAUAUAAACUAUUGAAAACACCAAGCCAGCCCAGUCUUCUCCGGAAUCCCAUCCUGAACAUUCAUUCAUUAGCUUUCUGUCAUUCAUUUACGCAAACAUGAAGUUGCUAUCUACCCUUCUCCUCACCGUGGCCAACGCUGCUGUUAUAAGCCACAAAUCGUCUGUUGGCCGGCCCGCUAUGAUCUACGACGCGCUUGCCAACUAUACAACUACGCCCCUUGAACACAAUAUCCAAGACCGUGCUGCCAAUUACGACACUAACUGGGCAGGAUCUGUCCAGGAAGGGAGCAACUGGUCCUUCAUCACGGGGACUUCUAGAAUCCCGUACGUUGCUGAUCAAAAUGGAGCUUCGGCCACUUUGGUUGGUAUUGACGGGCUGCGAUGCACCAACGCUGUCCUACAGACUGGAUAUACGAUCUGGGGCGCCGGUGCGGUGGAACUAUGGUACGAGUGGUGGCCUAACCCCAGCUACCACUACUCCAGCGUCUCCGCCAAGGCAGGCGACUACAUUCGCAUGAGCGUCUGGGCUUACAACUCUACUAGUGGGCGAGUCAUGAUUGAGAACUUGACUACCGGGCAGUCAGACUACCGCACUUUCCAAGGCAUGAACAAUAACCAGCUCUGUCGUUCGGAUGCAGCCUGGAUAGUUGGUACGCCCACUUACAACGGCCAGCAAAUGCAACUUGCCAACUUUGGCACGAUUGACAUCACAAACACCCAGGCACAGGGAGACCAUGGAACAAUGGGCGCUGCAGGCGGAAACAUUGUCAAUAUUUACCAGAACGGGUAUCAACGCACGAGCUGCGGUGCCAAAAAUGAUGGCAUGGAGUGUCGUUAUGUACAGUAG